UCAGAUUUUGAUAACCUAGCAGCAUUACUCAAGCUUAAACGUUUGAACUCUCUGACGCAUUUGCUUUCUCUUUCUCUGUCUCUCUUUGUACAAUUUCGGUUCUUAGAAUUUCUCCAUCUCUCUCUAAUUCUACAAUGGCAAGGUACGGAAUUGUGUUGAUGCUAGUUGCCGCUUUGUUGAUGAGCUCGACAAUGGCUCAACAAUCUCCGGCUUCUUCACCGGCGAAGUCGCCAAUGGCUGCUCCACGGAAGGCGAUGGCUCCGUCUCCCAUGGCAGCGACACCAUCAGCAAACUCACCGAUGGCUUCUCCUCCCGCUCAGAGUGGAUCUGCUACUGCUCCUACACCGGCUACUGUCAACUCUCCUCCUUCUCCUCCCACAUCUCCCUCUGGGUCACCUGCUUCUACUCCGGCUUCUACCCCGUCCAACUCUCCCACUUCGAUUGCUGCCAACCCAUCAGGAUCGGAAGCCGCACCUGCUCCGGCUACCAGCAGUGCCGUUUUGAACAGAUUCAGCGUCACCGGAUCCGCCGCCGUGGUGAUUCUCGCAGCCGCUUUGCUGGUGUAGAGGGAUUAUGGAAUCUUUGCUGAAUCGAGAGUCUUAAAUUCUUUUUUUUUUUUUACGCCUGCAUUAUAUAGAGAGUUCUGGCGAGACGAUUUAUUCAUUUAAUUAUUUUACUUUGUAUUCUACUUAUUAUUAGCAUGAAUAAUAUUUUCUGUUGGAUUUUUUGUCAUUUA